AUGAAAUGGAUAGUCGUUGCAAAAAUUCCGCGUUACUUCAAGGAUUUGACUCUCGGUCAAACCGACGUGAAGUCUGAUGCAAUUGUCCAAUCGGCUGCGCCUUACGCAAGAGAUUCGCUAGCUAAAUCGAACGUAGAAGUUUCAUGUGAUUUUGAGCCGACCGUAUUGAACUAUAAGACCGUAGUUGUGUACGUGGUCACAUGCCUGAUGGCUGUGACUACUGGAUUAGUGCAAGCAGGACGCGGAGUUCGCGAACUCCGCGGUCAUGACGUUCUCUUAUCAAUCCGAGUGGCCAUUCCCGAUUUCCCUACCUACGUAGACUUUCAAUUUUGGAUAAGACCUACCAUUAUGCUAUUGGAUAAGAUAGAUGACACAUUUGGCUUAGUUUACCUCGUUUUGACACCAGUUGUUCUGGGUCCAUUCAUUGCAUGUUGGAUUUCACCGCAUGUUUAUGAGGAUACAGUUCACGGAUUUGUUAAAGAUGGCUACGAAGAGGUUCUUGAAGCAUUCAGGCGGAAUUUCGGCGAGGGACUAGAGAGUCAAGGUGCGGCAGUUUCGGUCUUUCACCACGGGAAGCUGGUUGUUGAUUUGUGGGGUGGAUAUGCGGAUAAGGAAUCAAAUGUCGCUUGGAAGCGGAACACUAGAACCGUGUUGUUCUCGACAACAAAGGCAAUUUCCGCACUUUGCGUAGCUGUUCUCGUUGACAGAGGUCUGCUCCGUUAUGAGGAUCGUGUAGCAGAUUUUUGGCCCGAGUAUGGAUCAUUUGGGAAAGAAAAUACCACUGUAGAGGAUGUGCUAUCUCAUAAGGCAGGAUUACCGUAUCUUGGAGAUCAUAUCGAGAUCAGCGACAUAAUCGAUUUUGAAAAUGUUGAAAGAAAAAUCGAACGAGCGAAGCCGAUUUGGGCGCCAGGAAGUGCCACCGGAUAUCAUGCUGUCACCUUCGGAUUUAUUGUGGAUGGAAUCAUUCGCAGAGUGGAUGAAAAAGGUCGCGACUUGAAAACAUUCUUCAGAGAAGAGAUUGGCAGCCAGUAUGAUUUGUCCGUUGACAUUGGUGUGUCCCACAACGAAGCGCAUCGAGUAGCUCGAGUCACUACACCUACAUUUUGGGAAUUUCUUCGGGAUUGCAUAAAGAAUCCGAAGCUCAUCCCUAUGUUGGCUAUUAUGUAUGCUCGGAUCGACGAUAUUGUAUGGAGGAUUCGUGAGAACACAAAAUGGCUUAUUAUCAAUUAUGAUACAAUGGCAGUGAACGAUCCAGAUAUCCUUGCUCUGCCGAUACCGGCCGUUACUGGUGUCGCUAGUGCAGCAGAUUUAUCGAAAUUGUUCUCGUUAACUAUCGAUGGCACGUUAAUAAAAAAUACAACAUUGGAAAGAAUUAGCACGCCCACAGUGGACAAUUGGCACUUAGAAAAGGUCGCACUAUGGCCAAUUAGGAAGGGACAUGGAUUCUUCUACGAGAUAAAUCCGCUUAUGCCGGGAAAAUUCAUUUUUGGUCAUCCUGGAUACGGUUGUCAGUUCUUAGUUGUGGAUCCGUGGAAUCAUCUAAGUAUAGCAUAUGUUUCAAACGGGCUCAAGACAGGAACCGGAGAGAUAUGUACGACUUAUAUGCGGCUACAAAGAGCAAUUUACAGUGUUCUACGAACAUUGUAG